CGAGUCACUGAAGCUGUCAAUCAGCGGUCGGCACUCUUUGAUCUUCGCACUACUGGCCUGCUCUGGGGCUCAAAAGCACUAUUUGUUGCUGCCGGGCUCCAUUACUUUCAAGUUGCGGAGGUCCUCCAUAGCACAACAACUUUUUAACCCCCUCGUCCAUUUGAACCGCGUGAGCUCUAAAAGAACAAGAACAAGAAAGUUUUCUUGUUUUUUUUUUUUUUUUGUUGGUCACAGGAAACAGGCAGCGUUUUUAAUUUCUUGUUCAACAGCAAAAUGCCGCAGCUCAACAGUGGAGGGGGGGAUGAUCUCGGUGCCAACGAUGAAAUGAUUUCUUUCAAAGACGAAGGUGAGCAAGACGAGAAAAUACAAGAAAACGCUUUUACGGAGGGGGACCUGGCUGACCUCAAGUCGUCUCUGGUGAAUGAAUCGGAGAUAAAUCAAAACUCAAACGCAGCGGUGGUUAGAAGGGGACAGCAAGACGAACAGAGGGUUUACGCAGAGAAACACAGAGAACAUCUUGACGAGGGCCCAAAACAUCAAGAUGGGGGGAUGUACAAAGCACCAUCCUACUCUGGAUACCCCUUUCUGAUGCUGCCGGACCCAUAUCUUCCUAACGGCCCAGUGUCACCAUCUGCUAACAAAGUGUCAGUGGUACAGCAGCCUCAUGGGAUGCACCCGCUCACGUCGCUUCUGCCCUACAGCAACGAACAUUUCAACCCCAGCCCUCCGCACCUGCCAACAGACAUGAGCCAGAAGCCAGGCGUUCACAGGCAUCAGUCCCAGGACCUCGCCAGCUUCUACCCCCUGCCCCCAGGUGGAGUUGGCCAAAUCCCCCCGUCCAUGAGCUGGCAAAGUCAGCCUGUGUAUCCACUCUCUUCGUGUGGCUUCAGGCAGCCCUACUCCUCGAGUCUUCCCAGCAGCUCCUCCUACUCCAGGUUCUCUCACUCGCUGAUGUUGGGGCCAUCUGGUAUGCACCCUACAGGAAUCCCACACCCAGCUAUAGUGCCCCCAUCGGGCAAACAAGAGCAUGACCAGUUUGACAGGAACAUGUAUGCUAAGCCUCAUUCUGAGCCAAAGAGAGAAAGAGAGCCCAAGAAGCCAGUCAUCAAGAAGCCUCUGAAUGCCUUCAUGCUGUAUAUGAAGGAGAUGAGGGCAAAAGUCAUUGCAGAAUGCACUUUGAAGGAGAGCGCAGCAAUCAAUCAGAUCCUGGGACGCAGGUGGCAUGCUCUGACUCGUGAGGAGCAGGCUAAGUAUUACGAGCUUGCCAGGAAAGAGCGGCAGCUCCAUAUGCAACUCUACCCCAGCUGGUCUGCCCGAGACAACUAUGGCAAAAGAAAAAGGAGAAAAAGAGACAAGCAACAAGAUUCUACCACAGACCCUGGCUCCCCUAAGAAAUGCCGAGCUCGCUUCGGCCUCAGCCAACAAACGGACUGGUGUGGCCCAUGCAGGAGGAAAAAGAAGUGCAUUCGCUACCUUCAAGGAGGACAGUGCACCAGCCCCCAUUCUUCCGAUGGAAGUGCUAUAGACUCGCCCUCCUCUCCUGUCCAUCACCUGCCACAGCCCACCUCUCCUUCACACUGCCCCUCACUUUCCCCUACGUCACCAAUCAGCAAUCUCCAUACAGCACAGAACAGAAAACACUCCAACACUCUGCCCUCGCCGCUCAGAACCAGUAAACUCUCUCUUGCCUUCAGCAGAGUUAAAACAGAGACAACUGUCCAUAACCUCCAGCCAGGCUGCCCCGUGCCCCAGGCCCACUAACAUCAACACCCAUCUGCCUCCAUUCUAAUCCAUCUGCUCGCCAUCCGCCAAGACCUUCACUAGAGACAGUAUGGAACACAGACCAGAGAUCAGGAGCCUUUAUCAGCACCAAGCACAAGAGGAAAAUGUUAACUGGACAGUCUUAUAUCCUGUCUGUGUUUUAUGCUUUGGUUUGCCCUCUUCUUACAAGUGGAGAAAGAGCAGCUAUUUCUUUCUAAUCCGUGAAGGCAUUUUCUUUUAUAAUAGACCCCACAGGUGCUUCCCCACAUGGCGAGUAAAAGUCAGAACAUUUUUUUAAACGAUCAAGAUUGAGUUUUCUGUACACAUUACUACACAUUACGGUUAAUGGCAAUACAUUAUUGAAUGAAAACCCUACAACAGGGUUGGUCAAUCUUAUCCUACGCGCAAAGGGUCAGUGUGGCUGCAGGUUUUCACUCCAAACAAGCGGACAUACAACUGAUUCUCCUUGUUUAAUCAAUUGGUCUUAGUCUUCAAACAUGUUUAUCAGGUGACCUCCUGCCUUGUUGUAGUGAAAACCUGGUCACACUGGCCCUCUAAGAUUGGAAUAAGAUUGAACACUGCCCUACAACAUCUGGCAUCAACCCGUGUCCAGAAAACGUGCCCAAAGUCCUUCCGUUUCCCUGGUUUGGCCUGUUAAACAUUCUUGAAAAACCAAAUGCAUUCUAUUUCAAGUGUUGUAAAUCUGUUUUUAUAGAUAUUGAAUUCUCUAUAUAUAAUUAAACUUUUAUAUGUUUUUAUGUAAAAAAAAUUGGUUUUCAUAGUCUGUUUUUCUUACAUUAAAAAAGCCACUUUUGAAAAUAAUUUUGUUCUAUAGAGUUGUAGUGUGUAGUAUGUCUUGUCUGUCAUCUCAUCCGUCAUUGAUCCAAACACCACUGUGUAAAAUGAAGUAUGUGCAUGUCUUUCCAGCACCAGAAAUGUCAACAAAAAAAAAAAGAUAAUGCUUCAUUUUGCUUUUCACGUCUGUGCUGUCAAAUUGCUCUAUAUGCAAGUCAAUCAGUAUUCAUUCAGUGAGUCUAUUCUGACAUGGAAUAAAAGUGCAAGUUUCAAUGUUCAAAUGGAGCAUUCAUUUACGUCAGUACAAUGUCUGAAAAUGGUUCUUCUGCUGCACUCAAACUACUGUGCUUGUUCACCUCAUAUACAGCAGAGGGAGCUGUUCUACAUGACUGCUCCUUUUAUCUACUCUUAUGUAUUUAAAAAAGAAAUCAGUAUUCAUGACUGACAGUACUGGCAAAGUAAAGACUUUUUUUUUCCUCUCUAUUUUAAUACAAGUGGAUUUGUUAUUUUUCUUUGGUGGAACAUCAUUUUGAUUAAACUAUUUUGGAAAUCUA